AUGGCUGAUGAGCAGAUGGAGAUGGCAGAAGUUGGGUCAACUCUUGUGACUUCGGAGUCCAGGCUGCCUCCUGCCAAACCUCCCAACAUGUUUGAGAGGGUAUUCCAGCCCUGUCUGGCAGAGCUGGUGGGAACGACCUUCUUCGUGUUCAUUGGGUGUGUUUCUGUCAUAGAGAAUGUGGAGUCUGCAGGGAGGCUUCAGCCAGCUCUGGUGCACGGCCUGGCUGUGGCUGUCAUGGUGGCCUGCAUGGCUGAGAUAAGCGGUUCCCAUUUCAACCCCCCGUUCACGCUGGCCGUCUAUCUGUGUGGAGGCCUGGAGAGGAACUUGGUGCUCCCAUAUCUUGCAUGCCAGCUGGGUGGAGGGGUGCUUGGAGCUGCAAUGGCAAAGUUGAUGACCUCCAGAGAGAAGUACAACAAAGCACACGGGGCUGCGUUUGCUCUGCUGCAGUCAGGCAGUCCCAUAGGAGGAGCUGUGUUUGGCGAGAUCUCCAUGACCUGCCUGGUCACCACGGUGGUGCUGCUGGGGGCCGUGAACACCAAGACCAGGAGCCCGCUGGUGCCCUUUAUGGUGGGCUGCACCGUUAUCAUCAACAUCCUGGCUGGAGGGGAUGUAUCUGGCUGCUGUCUGAACCCAGCCAGAGCUUUUGGUCCAGCAGUAAUGAGUAACUACUGGAGUUACCACUGGGUCUACUGGUUAGGACCCAUCGCAGGAGGUUUAAUAGCAGCUGCACUGGUUCGAUUAAUACUCGGUGACAGGAACACUCGACUCAUUCUGAAAUGAGAACUUAGAUUAGGUAGAAAUUCCUCUUCAGGCACAAUACAGCCUCUGUCCUGAGAUGUUUGUGUUUUAUACGUUCUCUCCUCUACAAUAACAGCAGAUAUUUUUCACAUAAUUCAUGAUGCCUAGGUUUGUUUUUGGCCAUGUUAGGUGUGUCUGAUUAUGAAACAAAGCUUGUAAGAUUGGAAACAGACCAGCAUAAUGCUUACAGGUUGAUUUAAUAUCAGCUGGUGGGAGAUGAUCAGUAAACUGAGACAGCUUGUGUCUCCUUCCAAAUGAUUCAAUAACACAGAAGUAAGACGAGUUGUUCAGAUUAGACACUGAUUUGUGUUUUGCUGUAUUUGCACAUAGAUUGUAGAUAAAGUCCUGAUUCAGCUUCGUUUCAUGAUUCACUUUCUUUUUCUGAACUUCUUCAUAAUAUAAUAUACGAAAAUUUGCUCGUUGCUACUUCAUAGAAAUAAAUUGUGCUGGUGUCGUUGUGA